AAGUUUGUAGGCGUGUGACACACGGAGUGAAUCUCCUCACAGAUGAGAAAGAACAUCCGAAAGGAGCAGUCUGAUGUUGGCUCUUCGAAAAGGCAGUCUUAGGGAAGACCUGAUUGAUGAAGUCCCCUUGAUGAAGUGGCCACGGCUGCACUGGCAGGGUAACAUCAUCGAAACACCGGAUGAGCAGGGGCCCUCCUAGUGUUGGCGAACCGAGAUUUCUUGGACUCAGUGCUGUCCAUGAUAGAUAGUACCAGUCCUGUGAUUGUUAGUACCAACCUUAAGAGAUCUUUUCUCAACAUUGUCGUCUGUGAAAACAUACAGAGCCAAGCAGGAAAAGGACAGCUCAUCUCUGACUCACUAAUGAAACCGUUUCUUGCAAAUGGAUUAUUUAACGCUCAUAGUAGCCACUCAGAUUCACAUAUUGAUCUAGCACCCUGCUGAUCUGAUAAGCCGUCCCUCUUCUUCCAUUUGUACGCACAUAUUCUGCCACUUUUAGCACUAACAAGGAAUAGGAAAUGUGCUGAUGGGACAUUCUCGGUUUGCUGAAGUUUCCUUUAGAGUGAAGUGAUAUCCAGCACAGACAACACCUGUAAACUAAAUCCCAUCUGGAGCCAAUUAGCCUCAUCCCUGCAACAAAAAGCAAGCACGCCAUUGUGUGGCCUUGCACACGUCGGCUGUUUUUAUUCGUUGUGGCAGCCUGUUGUGUCAUGUUCCAUCUCCUCACGCCACAGCGGUUGAGGGCCGGAUUAGAUCUGACAGGUCUAAAAUAAACAGGCCCGUCAUUUCGAUCCCUUCAGGAGCUGAUAGACCCCGGCUGUGUCCGGAUUGGCCCACUUGUGUCAAUUUGCAUCCAGAUGCGUGUCCGUCACACGGCCGAGGGUCGCUCCCAGGGUUGACUUUGACCUUAUUCGUCUACACUGAGAUCGCUGUCCCAAUCUGGCCAAUCUUUCUGUCCACCCCACCCUCCAGACAGCCUGCAAGUUCUGCCGUCGCCCUCCCUGGAGGAUGAGCGAUGCUUCCACGCUGGACUAUGAGCUGCUUUCUUCGGGGCCUUCUUUCUUAGGGGUCCCCAGCAGCCCACCUCAUGGCGUGGACACCGAACAAAGGACAGGCUUCGCUUUCGUAGGCCUCCUGAUGCUCUUUUUGAUUUUUCUGUUGGUGCGAUGCUUCCGCAUUCUGCUGGAUCCGUACAGCCGUAUGCCCGCUUCAUCCUGGACAGACCACAAGGACGGAUUCGAGAGGGGCCAGUUCGACUACGCCCUGGUGUAAACACCCAGGGACCUUAACCCUUCGCCUUAAGCCUGUAGCACAACUGGGCUCUUGGUAGCUACUUUCUCACCACAUUGAAAUGAACAGGGUUGACCAUUUCUCAAUUUACGCUGUAGAUAUUUCCUCAGGGCACAAGCACCGUACAAAAUAUAGAUAUAUAGACGGUCUAUUAAUUGAGGCUGCCCUGCAUGAAACUCACUGUGAACUCUUCCAAUGGUUGGCCACUCUAGAUACUUCGUAAAAACUAAAGAUAUAUCAUCAUUGUGGACAUUAUGAAUCCAAAAUUUUCAACCCCAUACAGAACCUAAUCAGGGUAUAUGGCAUAUUUAAUGUUGUGUUUAGCUUGAUUUUAAGCGGAAAUCUACACUAAAUGCACCUCUGCCAUACAUCUCACGUACCUACUGCCUUUCACAGACCAUUUCUGUGAUUUAUAUUCUUUAAGAUGUCCUGGAUCUUUCCUCCCUAAGAUGUUUACAGGAGCAAAAACCCUUUAAUACUUCACAUCCUAAGUGUCAGUCUGUGUUACGUUUAGUUCUUUCAUGACUAUGUUGUCUUUAAGGAUUAUAUGUAUGUAUGCCAUAUGUUCUCUUGUGCCAAGCCCUCUUAAACUAGGGAACUAAUGAGAUAUGCGACACAAAUGCUUUAUUUUUGUAUUUUGAUUUAGAGUUCCCUUUGGCUAGCAUGCCAUUUCCAAUUUGUAGCUCUGAAAUUCUCUGAUUGAACAAAAUGUGCUAUAUGUGAUGUGCCAAGAAUAUCGUGCGACGCAACUAUCUGCAUUACUUUGUCAGUUUUGUAAGUAAAUUGGAUAUUUUCCUAAUUCGUUUUUGUUAAGAUGGUGCAAUUCUGUACAAUAAAACAGGGUUUAUUCA